AGUACAUGAAGAAAACUGGAUUCUUGGAGCUCCUCUUUACUACCUUCCAAAACCUUAUAAAAUUCCUUAUAGUGACACAUUUUAAUUAACAUUCCCAAAAGGAAAAAGUCACUGAGCACACAAGAUCGUUGCAAUAAAAGUGAGGGUUGCUAGAUGCCACAGUUUAUUAUUUUGCAGGGUUGUAACCUGAGUUAGACCAGAAACAAUAUGACUGGUUUUCAAGAGGCCAACCUUAAUGUCCUCCAGCUAUGAAGGUAAAAUAAUAAAAAAUGGAAUAGGUAGCUAGCUAUAUAAGCGCGAGCGAAUUCCUCAAAGCUGAGAAUGAUUAGUGCUGAAGUUCCUGAAGUGCACAGAGACAAUGGAGUGUAAAUAACCGACUGUUUAAGGAUAUCUAUACACAAAAGAUGGACAACGAAGAGACGUAUCCAAAUUCUUAAGCGUGUUAUUUUUGUAAUAUCAUGCUGACAUGAUCUGUCAUGUUUCAGAGCAUCAGUCGCUCCUCUGAACUGUGUGCGCGCGGUCACUAGUGGGUGGUGUCAACACGGGCUAUAAAUAGGCUACAUUUUGCCUGACCGUUGAAAAAAGCUUUUUUUUAUCUUUUCACUUGAGACUUUUUCAGAGAUGAAGAAGGGGGUGCUCAGAAAUGGUUUGUGGACUGAAGUGAAAAUGUUUUGGAAGAUAUUUUUAAUUUAGAAACUCGGAUAUCGCGUCUGACAACUUGUUCACAUCUCGGUCGCGCGCUCAGUGAAGGACGCUGGCAAAAUGGCAAAACGGUUUCCUGCUGCUCUUUUGUUAAUUGUGAGCUUGUUAAACAUUUUCACCGCGGGUGCAUCAUUAUCCCGGACAGGAGACCUGCACUCAUCUCCAGUCUCCUCUGAUGAUCCGAGCAGUGUUGUACAUCAGCAGAGAGAAGCAGAGCUCAUUUCAGCAUCACACACCCACACAAGAGCCAAGCGCUGUACUUGCUACUCCUUUAAGGAUAGGGAAUGUGUUUAUUACUGUCACUUGGGCAUCAUCUGGAUCAACACUCCACAGCGCACAGUCCCGUAUGGCAUGUCCAGCUACCGCAGCCCUCAGCGACUGAGACGCUCCAGUGGGACAGGAGCGAAGGUGCUUCAUCGCUGCACAUGUGCAGAACACAGUGAUGCCCAGUGCUACAACUUCUGUGAUGCAAGAACACAGAAUGUGCCAGACAGAAGAUUGAUAGGACGUUCACCUGGGUAAAAACACGUCACAGCGUGAGCCUCUGAGAUCAGGAAUGAUGAUCAGCAUCAAACUGGGCACCUGACUAGGUGGUUUUGGAUUUUUACAGACUUGGCUCCAAAUCGACCCCACAUUCGUCACCGUAUUAUGUUUCCUGGAACGCCCUUGAUUCAUCUGGUCCACGGUAACAAGUGUAUUCUUUAGAAAACUCUUUGCAGAUUUCGGAAGCAUAUCUGGACCCACGUCCUUGCUUCAAGGGUUAUGUCCACUUGUUUCAGCUUGACUUUAUGUCGUAUAUUCAGUGGAUGUCCUUGAAAUUAGGAGGCUUGUAAAUUGACCUGUAAACUACACUCUGUAUUAUCUCCACCUUGUGGGCUGAUUUUCAG